AACUUAAACGCAGCAUUGCCGGUACUCUACGUCUCUUGCGUCAACGGUCUUUUAAUUAAGCAGCAGCGCACUGAGAGUUUGGGAAAAGCGGGUUGGCUCUACUGCAGGACAGUUUGUCUCUUCGUUGUCAGAUAACUGUCCUCACUUCUUUUGAAUUAUUUGCAGAACCUCUCAGGCAGUCAGUCAGUCUUCAUCCAGAUGACUGUGACUCAAAACCGGCCGAUGACCUAUGCCAAAAUGCGAGGGCUUGUGUCAUUUUUCUCAGCUCUGCUCAAGGGGAAGAAAGUUGGCUUCAGUGACUUCUUACACAAACUUGUUUCCAGUCAACAACUCUGCCAACACCUGGACCCUCAGAAAAUCCUGCAGCGACAGAGCAAGCUGAGAGGAGAGGAGGAGGAUGAGGAAGAGGAGGAGAAAGCCACAGUGAGCUCAGUGAACACACGAACCUCACAGAUGAAACCGUCAGAUUUUGACUACCUCAAAGUUAUCGGUAAAGGAAGCUUUGGAAAGGUGCUGCUGGCAAGACACAGAAAACAUGGAGGCUACUAUGCUGUGAAAGUGCUGCAGAAACAGAUGGUUGUCAAGCGGAAAGCGCAGAGGCAUGUGAUGGUUGAGAGGAACGUACUGAUGAAGGGACUACAACAUCCAUUCCUGGUGGGGCUCCACUUCUCGUUCCAGACACCAAACACGCUCUACUUUGUCCUGGACUAUGUUAAUGGUGGGGAGCUUUUCUACCACCUUCAGAGGGAAGGGUCAUUUCCUGAACCCAGAGCUGCUUUCUACGCUGCAGAGAUGGCCAUGGCGCUGGGCUACCUCCACUCUUUCGACAUUGUUUACAGAGACCUCAAACCAGAGAACAUCCUGCUGGACAGUGAAGGUCACGUGAUGCUGACAGAUUUUGGGCUUUGUAAAGAAGGGGUGGCCAUAGGUGGGAUUAUGCAUACAUUUUGUGGGACGCCUGAGUACCUCGCUCCAGAGGUGCUACAAGGCCACCCAUACAGUUCUUCAGUGGACUGGUGGGGCCUCGGCACUGUGCUUUUUGAGAUGCUCUAUGGACUGCCUCCAUUUUAUAGCUGUAGCAAAGCAGAAAUGUUUGAGAACAUACUUCACGCUCCUCUGCAGCUGCGUAGUGGGGUGUCUCAGGCUGCCCGCCCACUGUUAGAGGGAUUGCUGGAAAGAGACGUCUCCAAACGCUUAGGGGGGAGCCGUGACCUUGUGGAGCUGCAGGAGCAUCCCUUCUUUGCAUCCAUUAACUGGGACGACCUCCUGGCCAGGAAAGUUAGACCUCCAUUCAUCCCAAAAGUGACUGGUCCCUGUGAUGUCAGCUACAUCGACCCCGAGUUCACGCUACAACCUGUCCCUGCCUCUGUGAAUGAGAGGUGGCGGGUGGGCGGGACCAGCAAGGCCUUCCCAGGAUUCUCCUUCAUGAAACCAGUGGAGUACGUGGCAGCAGAGCCGUGUUCAUAACAACGCCACAUCCUCUGAGAGCACGUUUGUUCAAAUAUUUAUUUUUUAUGUCAUAAAUUAUUAAAUCAAAGUCUAUUUUUAAACAUUUGAGCAAAAUAUUCUUACACUAACCUAGGUUAGACUUUACUAAAUGAUAGUAUAUUUUUACGUUAUUACUGUUGUUUUAAGUAUCAGGUCAUAAUGUGAAAUAGGCUGGACCUAGCUACCUUAAUGUGUCAAAGGAUGAAACAAUAAACUCUCAAUCUGAA